AUGCGAUUAGCACUAAUUGGUCUCCUACUGCCGUUAGUAUUAACUGCCGACGCACCGCCUAUAUUAAAACAACUUCAACCAGAAGAUCACGAUUUGUUAAUUGAGGGAAAGCAUUUGCCAGUCAGAAGGAUUCAGGCGAGAGGAGUAGUUCAGGAUGAAGUGGCGGAUUUUCCUACACAACCCGGAAAAACUCCAUCAGAUGACUACAGUGACUUUUCGAAUGCGCCGUUGAAAAAUGGAGGAGCGAAUCACCAACUAAAGCAAGUGAAGUACCAGCCGAUUCCGAAAAAAUAUGAAAUUCCAUCACCGGAACCAGAGGCAGAUACAUCACCAGGCAGAUCGAGUGUCGCCAACCAGCAACCUACAAGACAGACUCAACUGAUAGUCUAUCAACAACCGGUGCAUUUCAAAUGCACACAACCACGCAAAGGCUACUACUAUUUUCACUAUCCCUACAACAAGUUGCCUCGACAGUACGCACUAAAUCCACGAUAUGGCUAUAUCUAUCCACCUCAGUAUCAAAAUACCGUCUAUACCUAUCAUCAUCCCCUGCCUUAUCAAGACCCCUACAACAUCUACCGAAGCGACCCAGUCUUUAAUCCCUAUGCCACAGCAGGAGCAGGAUGUGGAGGAUCGUCUCCUUGUGGGGGUUAUGCUGGAGGAUGUGGAGGCAGUUCGGGCGGAUGUGGAGGAGGAUGUAAUGGUGGAAGUGGUUCAGGCGGAUGUGGAAGCGGCGGUGGAGGAUGCGGUGGUGGAGAUGGAUGUGAUUACAACGAUCACGAGGAGGAUGGUGAAGGAUCAGAAGAAAGUGAAGAAGGAGGACGAUCAGGAGAGGCCCGUAUCAAUAAAAAAGAUCCUUUAGAAGAUCUGGACCUGGAAGAUUUGGAAAAACUUGGGAAAGGUGAAUCAUCCGAGAAGUCCGAUUCAUCAAGGCGAUAA